CAUAUAAAAAAUCUUAUAAUAAUGCUUUUGUCUAACCGGAAUCGGAUCUUAAUUAGAGAAAAGUCACGUGAAUUGUCACUAGAACUUCAUAAUCAACAACAUAUUAUAAAUACACAUAAUGUAUUUUUAUUUUAGAGAGAAAAUGUAGUUUGAUAUUAAGGAGUUAAUUAGCUAGCUAGGAAUUAAUGUGAUUAAUAGAAAGAAUGAGAAUCAUUUACUGCUUACAGCUCAUCGAGACGAAAAAGAUUCCAAUUAAUAGAAAUGAGAUAGAGACGCACAUAAGUUGAAUUGAGUUGUGCAUUUUAGCAUAUAACCAAAGCAUUACACAUGAAAGUUAUAAUUAUACAUUUGCAUUAAUGAUUAACCAUACCUAUCUCUCUAUCUAUAUAAAAACAUACACCCACACACACAUAUAUCUCCUAUCAUUCAUCGUACACACACACUCUCUCUCUCUCUAUGACAAAACUCCCCAACAUGACAACACUCAACCAUCUGCUUGAUCUGCCGGGGCAGAUUUGCCAUGUCCAAUGUGGUUUUUGCACCACUAUUUUACUGGUGAGUGUACCCUUCACAAGCUUGUCAAUGGUAGUGACUGUGAGAUGUGGGCAUUGCACAAGCCUUCUCUCUGUCAAUUUGAUGAAGGCUUCCUUUAUUCCUCUCCAUCUCCUUGCUUCUCUGUCCCAUCUUGAUGAGACGGGGAAAGAGGAGGUUGCAGCUACGGAUGCUGUGGAAGAAGAAGCAUGGAAGGUGAAUCAGGAGAAGGAGAACAGUCCAACGACUUUGGUUUCAUCUUCAGACAAUGAAGAUGAAGAUGUCUCUCGUGUUUACCAAGUUGUCAAUAAACCUCCUGAGAAACGACAAAGAGCUCCUUCAGCUUACAAUUGCUUCAUCAAGGAAGAGAUCAGGAGGUUAAAGGCUCAGAAUCCAAGCAUGGCUCACAAGGAAGCUUUCAGCUUAGCUGCCAAAAAUUGGGCCCAUUUUCCUCCAGUUCACAACAAGAGAGCUGCUUCAGAUCAAUGUUUUUGUGAGGAAGAUAACAAUGCAAUUCUACCAUGCAAUGCUUUUGAGGUAAUUUCAGUAACUAAUAUUAAUUUAAGCUUUAUCCUUAGUGAUAUAGCUUGCUUCAAGAUCGAUUAUCAUAUAGUACUUCACAAGUUAACUCCACAAAAAAGUGUCAUAUUCAAAGCAAACCAAAUAAGCAUUAAUCCAUUUAGCAUCACUAUCGGUAAAAAUUUCAGAACCCUAGCUAGAGUAAUUAUUUACUGAUUAUUAGAGUGAAAGCAAGGAGAGGGGUAAGUGAGAAUCAUUGAUCCUCAACUACUACAAUGUGUGAAAUUUAUGACGUAAACCCUUAUAUAGUAUUGAAGCUUACACUGCACACAGUUUACUUUUAUAGAAACCCAUUCAACUAAUUAAAGCAUUCAAGCUGAAUGUGUAUAUUUUUCAAUU